CCUGGCAGGUGGGGCCGCCUCGCGACUCCAGGUCGGGCAGUAGCCGAGGGGCGGGGGCAGAGGGAAGUAAGUGGGCGGGGGCCGCCGGCCGGACGCCAGAGUCGCGGCGGUUGCUGGGUGCUGGCCUGGUUCGGGCCCGCGCGGCCCUGGGCGGAAUGAACUAUGGCAUCUGUCAAGGUGGCCGUGAGAGUUCGGCCCAUGAAUCGCAGGGAAAAGGACUUGGAGGCCAAGUUCAUUAUUCAAAUGGAGAAAAGCAAGACAACAAUCACAAACUUAAAGCUACCAGAAGGAGGGACUGGGGAUUCAGGAAGAGAACGCACCAAGACCUUCACCUAUGACUUUUCUUUUUAUUCUGCUGAUACAAAGAGUCCAGAUUAUAUUUCACAAGAAAUGAUUUUCAAAACCCUGGGCACAGAUGUCAUGAAAUCUGCAUUUGAAGGUUAUAAUGCUUGUGUCUUUGCAUAUGGGCAAACUGGAUCUGGAAAGUCAUACACUAUGAUGGGAGAUUCUGGUGAUUUGGGCUUAAUACCUCGGAUCUGUGAAGGGCUCUUCAGUCGGAUAAAUGAAACCACCCGAUGGGAUGAAGCAUCCUUUCGGACUGAAGUCAGCUACUUAGAAAUUUAUAAUGAACGUGUGAGAGACCUGCUUAGGCGGAAGUCAUCUAAAACCUUCAAUUUGAGAGUCCGAGAGCAUCCAAAAGAAGGACCUUAUGUCGAGGAUUUAUCCAAACAUUUAGUACAGAAUUAUGGUGACGUGGAAGAACUGAUGGAUGCAGGGAAUAUCAACCGGACCACAGCAGCAACUGGGAUGAACGAUGUCAGUAGCAGGUCUCACGCCAUCUUCACCAUCAAGUUCACUCAGGCAAAGUUUGACUCUGAAAUGCCAUGUGAAACCGUGAGUAAGAUCCACUUAGUCGAUCUUGCCGGAAGUGAGCGUGCAGAUGCCACUGGUGCCACGGGGGUCCGGCUCAAGGAAGGGGGGAACAUUAACAAGUCCCUCGUGACUCUGGGAAAUGUCAUUUCUGCCUUAGCUGAUUUAUCUCAGGAUGCAGCAAACCCUCUUGUAAAGAAGAAGCAAGUUUUUGUGCCUUACAGGGAUUCUGUUUUGACUUGGUUGUUGAAAGAUAGCCUUGGAGGAAACUCUAAAACUAUCAUGAUUGCCACCAUUUCACCUGCUGAUGUCAAUUAUGGAGAAACCCUAAGUACUCUUCGCUAUGCAAAUAGAGCCAAAAACAUCAUCAACAAGCCUACCAUUAACGAGGAUGCCAACGUCAAACUUAUCCGUGAGCUGCGAGCUGAAAUAGCCAGGCUGAAAACACUGCUUGCUCAAGGGAAUCAGAUUGCCCUCUUAGACUCCCCUACAGCUUUAAGUAUGGAGGAAAAACUUCAGCAGAAUGAAGCAAGAGUUCAAGAAUUGACUAAGGAAUGGACAAACAAGUGGAAUGAAACCCAAAAUAUUUUGAAAGAACAGACGCUAGCUCUUAGGAAGGAAGGGAUUGGGGUUGUUUUGGAUUCCGAACUACCUCACCUGAUUGGCAUUGAUGAUGACCUUCUGAGCACUGGAAUCAUCUUAUAUCACUUGAAGGAAGGUCAGACAUAUGUUGGUAGAGAAGAUGCUUCAAUGGAGCAAGAUAUUGUUCUUCAUGGCCUUGACUUGGAGAGUGAGCACUGUGUCUUCGAAAAUGUUGGGGGAACAGUGACGCUAAUACCCCUGAGUGGUUCUCAGUGCUCUGUGAAUGGUGUCCAGAUCAUGGAGGCCACACAUCUAAAUCAAGGUGCUGUGAUACUCUUGGGAAGAACCAAUAUGUUUCGUUUUAAUCACCCAAAGGAAGCUGCCAAGCUCAGGGAGAAGAGGAAGAGUGGCCUUCUGUCCUCCUUCAGCUUGUCCAUGACCGACCUCUCAAAGUCCUGUGAGAACCUGUCUGCAGUCAUGUUGUACAACCCCGGUCUUUUCCCUGUAAAAGGACCCAUCUGUCUAAGACUUGAAUUUGAGCGACAACAGCGUGAAGAACUUGAAAAAUUAGAAAGUAAGAGGAAGCUGAUAGAAGAGAUGGAGGAAAAGCAGAAGUCGGACAAGGCAGCGCUGGAGCGCAUGCAGCAGGAGGUGGAGACGCAGCGCAAGGAGACAGAAAUUGUUAAGCGUGAGAUUCGCAAGCAGGAGGAGAGCCUCAAACGCCGCAGCUUCCACAUUGAGAACAAGCUCAAGGACCUGCUUGCCGAGAAGGAAAAGUUUGAGGAGGAGAGGCUGCGUGAGCAGCAGGAGAUCGAGCUGCAAAAGAAGAGACAGGAGGAAGAGAGCUUUCUCCAUUGGCUCCAGGAAUUCAGCAGCAGUGAGCAGCCUGAGAAGAUGGAGAUAUUCCAGGAGCUGGACCGGCUGCAGCGGGAAAAAGAUGAGCAGCACACCAAGCUGGCUCUGGAGAAGCAGAGGCUGGAGGAGCAGGAGCAGGAGCAGGUGCUGCUGUUGGCACAGCUUGAGGAGCAGCUUCAGGAGAGGCAGGAGAUGGCCCCGCUGCUGUAUGGCGAGGUUCUGAGGUCAGAGGAGGAAAAGCAGGAGCUUGAGGUCAUCCGGGCUGUCCUCCUGCAGGCCAGGAAGGCCCUGGCUACAGGGGACACUGGCAGCCAGGGGCUGGACAGGGCCCAGCUGCAUUUCCUAGAGUUCAAAAGAAAGCAGCUCAUCCAGCUGGCCACCUCGGAACAAGAACUGGUCCAGCAAAAAGACCUCCUGAGUAAAGAAGUCCAGGAAGAUCAGGAAGCCCUGCAGCACUUACAGUGUGAAAAGGAUAUGGACUGUAGGUUGUCGGCAAAAAAUGAUGGCCCAAGUAUUUCCAGAGUGGCUCACGAUUUAGAGAAAAUAAAGGCAGCAGAAUGCAGGCUGCGGUAUAAAGAAUGUCAGCUACAGGACCUCCUGCAAAAUCACCUGCCAGCCCUGUUGGAAAAAAAGCAGAGAGCACUUGAAGUCCUUGACCAGGGCCCUCUCAGCUUGAACAACACUCUGUAUCAAGUGGAAAAAGAAAUGGAAGAAAAGGAAGAGCGACUUGCUCAGCACCAAGCCAGUGCCCGCCAGCUGCAGCAGCUCCAGGCCACCUUCGAAUUCACCACCAAUAUCGCGAGACAAGAAGAGAAAGUGAGGAGAAAAGAGAAGGAGAUUCUGGAGUCUCAGGAGAAGCAACAGAGAGAGGCACUGGAGCAGGCAGUGGCUAAGCUGUGGCACAGACAGUUGGCCCUGCAACAGCACUCCACCCUGGGCCUAGAGGGUGAGAAAGAGAGGCAGAAGCCAGCAGAGCAGAGCAGCAGCAGUGAGCAAUUGGAGCUCCUGGCUGGCCUGGAAGCUGAGCAGGAGAACCUGGAGAAGGACCAGGACAGAAUCAAUGCUUACAUUGAAGAAGAAGUCCAAAGACGUCUUCAGGAUUUGCACCGCACAGUUGGUAUUGCUAGGAAUACUUCUACAGAUAUAACGAAAGAUGAGAAACUUCACAAUGACACCAUUCAACGUAAGCUAAAAUAUGAGGAGGUACACAUCUUCCCUCUUUCCCCAAUGGAGCAAGUGACAAGCAACUUAUAUGGUGCCACAUUUGUACCUCCACCCAGUUUUGGGGAAGUGAAGAGGAAAACCCAGGAAGUUGGAGAAUGUGCAAGGAUCUACACACUGCUGGCUAAAGACCUGUUUCCUUUGGACCAGUGGAAGCAUUUUGUUGUUGAGCGGAUGGUUUCUCGCUCUUUGGGAGCAAAUCCGGAUGACCUGAAGGACCCAAUUAAGAUUAGUAUUCCACGCUACAUCCUCUGCGGGCAAGGGAAGGAUGCACACUUCGAGUUUGAGGUCAAGAUUACUGUCCUAGAUGACACAUGGACCGUAUUCAGGCGGUAUAGUCGUUUUCGAGACAUGCAUAAAACAUUGAAGUUAAAGUAUGCAGAGCUUGCUGGCCUUGAAUUCCCUCCAAAGAAAUUAUUUGGAAACAAAGAUGAACGUGUGAUUGCUGAGAGGCGAAGUCAUUUAGAGAAAUACCUCAGGGACUUUUUCAGUGUGAUGCUGCAGUCGGCGACAUCUCCCCUGCACAUCAGCAAAGUGGGGCUGACCCUUUCGAAACACACCAUCUGUGAGUUCUCACCAUUCUUCAAGAAAGGAGUCUUUGACUACAGCAGCUAUGGAACAGGGUAGAGCUGGGAUGACAGGAGCCAUCGACGCAGUGCCUUCUCAUGGAAGCAGCUCUGAUGCAGGAGCAGCAGCCGGGACACCUUGAAUCAUUCUAUCCAGUGCCUGAGUCUGGCGGUGCCCUGACAGGCGGGCCGUGCCCCACUGCAUGUGAACGUGGCCUUCCAUCAUGUUUCCUCCUGUCACGAGAGUCCCUCCAGAUGCAGGAGGGAGGGGCCUGCUAGGCUCCAGCCCUAUGCUGAGCAACCUGGGCCCCCAGAGCAGGUAGCUGGCCAGACCACCCCUAAGUGACUUUCAUCCGGUUUCCUCCACCAAAAUAGACUUUCCUUUUUUAUAUCCCUUCCAUAUGGCCGGCUGUAUUCCAAGAGAAGCAUUUUAAAUUAUGAUUUUUUUCUUCUUAUUUGGAUCAGAACUUUUGUAUAAUACCGAAACACUGAUGUUUACACAGAAUUUCAUAUUCUGCAAAAGGGAUUGUUGGUCCAAUCAUGACUAGAGUCUUCCAUGCCUGACAAAUUGGAUGUAGGUGACAUCGCUACACAUAGGACAUUGAAUAGCCUUGAAUACACAAGGACAUAUUCCCAAACCUCAGAGGCUGCUGUGCAUUCUUAAGCUUUUUCUGCUAAGCACAAAACAAGUGCAAAACUGGAUGCAUAUUUUUAUGUUUUUGGUACCGGGAUUGAACUCAGGACCUUGCACUUGUGAGGCAGGCGGUGGAACCACUGAGCUGCUAAAUCCCCGGCCCUUGUAUGGAUAUUUUAAAAUAUUAUUUUCUUUACAUUUUUGUUACAGAAUCUACUGGAUCUUAAGCUAAAAUAGUAGAAUUUACAGUUGUUUAUUAAUCCUUAAAUUACUCAGGACUUAAUGUAGCAUCACACAUCUAUGUACAGUCAAGCUGCUUUGUUUUACUAAGAAAAAUGUGAGUAAAAAAUACCUAUGAUAUAUAUUGAAAUGUAUAUAAUUCUACCUAUAGAUUUAUAUAUGUACACACUCUUGUACAGUAGUCGUAUGGAACUAUAUAAUCACACCAAAUUUAUUAAACAUAUUUGCUUUUUUAAAAUUUAAAUUGAGCUGCUAUCAAUAUUAAAUGAAGUAAUAGAAUCUACCCUGUAGCUCAGUUUAAGUUUGUAACCCGAUUGCUCCUACUGGUCUGUUUAAAAAUUGAUCUGCUGUGCUUGGAAAAAUACAUAAUGUAUAAUUUAGCAUUUGUGUUACAGAAGAUGCAGUUACAGUAAUGAAUGAAGUCACAAAUGAAUGGUUAACAGAACAUGCUUGGUUCAGUCUUUCAGAACAUGCCUGCACAGCAGAGCUCUCCAACCUCAGAAAUGUUUAAAGAUGCAAUUAUCCCUAUAAGGAGGAAAUUAUUAUUGCACUAAUUAAAUAUCAUAGUUUAGCAUGAAAAAAAAGAGGACUUUUUUUCCUUGCUCCAAAAAGACUUGCUUCUGUCUCCACUUGGUGAUUACAGACAUAGGUGGAAGAAUAAUUACUACCAAGAAUUUAAAACUACAGAUUAGAGGAUAAAAGCUGGGAGAUAAUAGUUAACCAUAGUUGUUUGUUUAAAAGGAGUCCAGGCACUAAAGACUGUCCCUCAUUUGCUGAGUAAAUGUUUUUCUCACUGGCAGAUAACCUGUCUCUGCCCUUUUGAAUGUAUAUGAGAGACUGGGCUCAUAGCAAGCAUUAGGCUAAAAUCCCACAGGACACUCGGCAAGAAAAAAUGGGCUUGAAUCUAUAAAAAGUAUAAUCAAAAGAUCCUUCUAUUCCAAUCCCCACCUUAAGUAAUUACAGCCAGGUUCGAACCUCAAGGACUAGCUGGCUCUGGUGACAGCUAACUAUGACGUAAGUGAGACAGUUCACCUCUGUAGGCCUUGGUCUCCCUGCCUGAAGUGAAGCCAUAGUGUGGGUGACCCCCAGGUCUGUGCUGCCCAUGUGACAGAGGAAGAAUAAAUUUUGUCAGUAGGACUAUAAUGUUCCUCUUUCAUACCUGUGAAAUGCAUACUUCUGGUCCAUCUUACAGGUAGCUGAAGCCGAUUAACGUGUGAAGGAAAGUUGAAAAGCAAACGAUAAGUCACAUCUAAACAAAAAAUGGAAUUCUUUUCUAGAAUAAAGAUAAAUAACAGUUAUGACAACAUUGAAACUUCAUUGAUUUGGACUAACUUAAAGGAGUAAAAGAAAGUUAGCAAGUGUGUUAUUACUGUACUUUCAAGUGCCUCAAAUACCAAAAUAAUACCAUGCUGAGCACCUCAGGGAAUUCGGAUUGACAAACUGUGAUGGUUAAUCUUGAUUGUCAACUUGAUUGGCUUGAAAAUCACAUAGGAGGCCCUGCAAUUUAGCUCAGGGGUUUCGCUGCCUGCUGUGCAAGCCCAAGAACCUGAGUUCGAUCCCCGGUACCAAAAAAAAAAAAAAGAAAGAAAAUCACAUAGGAGAUUAAAGCACACUUCUGAAUAUUUCUGGGUCACUCAUGGGAGCUUGACUGGUUACUCCAUCUGGCCCCUGACUCCUCCUUCUCUGGCUCUCUUCCCCUGUGCUCUGCUUCCUAGCCACCAUGCCCUUCCACCAUGUGCUUCCACCAUAAUGUUCCUACCUUGAAGCCAGCUGACCAUGGACUGAAUUACCUGAAACCACAAACCAAAUUAAACUUCUCCUCUCA